GAGGUGGGACUGGAAAACAUCUCAAGGACAAGGACACGGACCUUUCCUUUGACAGAGUAAAAUCCAGCAUUAGAAUGAGUAUCUGUAUGACCAUGACUAAAUCACCAACUACUCACCCACCACCAUAACUCCAUUUUUAUAGAGGAAAACUAAUUAAAUUUUAUGUAAUAAAAAAAAAAGAAAGAACAAUAACAAACACAGAAUAACCAAACCAACAAAUAAUUAUUUUUCUUUCUCCAAAAAAAAAAAAAUUAUUGUUUUUUUAUUUUUUUUAAUUUGUUAUAAAUAUAUAGAUAUAAUUUUUGGGUUAUGCUCCUGGAUAUUAUUGGAGCCUGUACUUGACCAGCAGCUCGUGAUCUGGGAUCCCUUUGAAACAUCCUCUGAGCCAAUUCUUUUUUCUGGGUUUUUGUUCAUUUUUCAAGGGGUUCCAGCUUCUGGGUGUUUUUUGUUUUUUUGGGUUUUGAAAGCAAAGGAAUUUCUUUGACUUUUUGUGUUUUCUGGAAGCGUUUUUGGAAAUGUGGAGGGACCCUGGAACUCCUGCUGAUUCUUACUAUCAGGUCCGCCCUGAAUGCACCGAUGUUCCAAAGACCCGCUUCAAAAUCAAGGCUGGUAAAACAUUAAGUGUAAGGAAAUGGCAGGCUGCAUUUACUCCAGAAGGGUAUCUGGAUAUCAGCAAGACUCUAAGUCGAAUCCAUCGUGGGAGGCAUCUGAGACAAUUCUUUUUCUGGGAUUUUGUUCAUUUUUCAAUGGAUUCCAGCACCUGGGUGUUCUUUUGUUCUUUUUUUGGUUUUGAAAGCAAAGAAAUUGCUUUGAGCUUCCGUGCUUUUGGAAAUGUGGAGACCCUAGAACUCCUGCUGAUUCUUUCUACCAGGUCUGCCCUGAGUGCACUUGUGUUCCAGAGACCCGCUUCAAAAUCAAGGUUUAGAUGUGGUGUGGACUGAUAGGACAUUGGUGCUUUACGAGAAGCAGGAAAAUUUGUCAAAACUUUGGGAUAUUCUUGCUGUUUAUGCCUGGAUAGAUACAGAGAUGUCAGCUAUAUUGUCAAGUUGGGUGAUUCAAAGGGAUGUCUAAUCUAAUGUGUCGUUAAGGGCUUGUUCACAUUAUUUGCGAGUUGGGAUCCAUUUUCCAUUGGGUCUUGAAUCUUGAUAAUAUGUUUCUCCAUUCUCAUGACAUUUCUAUGACAUGAAGUUAGCCGUGGUACGGUCCAAGAAGCUCCUUUGAUCCCUCCUCCUCUAUUACUAGGUAGAGAGAAUUUUCCAAACAGCCAAUUUUUCCGUUGGGUCCAUUUUCCUUUAAUUUCUUUUUCAUUGUAUCUAAAUUCUAAAUCUAUGAUUCCAUUCCAUUCAUUCUAAUUCAAGCUUUA